AUGCUACAGCACACUGCAAGACUGGCUCUAGUUCAUGCAGAUGUAACGUUAGGCUCGUACGGAAAGCAAGUCUCAACACAAUCAGACGAAAUCUUUGAUGUCUACAAGUGGUACGAAUGUGCGGUGAAGUCGGCAAUAUGCAGUGAAUGCUCGUUUCCUUGUACCAGCUCUUCACAUGACUCUAUGAGUUCUUGCUUACAACUCUGCUCAAAUGCUACCACUCCAACCUGUCAGAAAAGCUGUGGUAUGUUUUACAAGAUAAAGCACGAGGAAUCGCUUUACUCAGAGCCUGUCAAAAGUUCUGUGAGCCUCGUCUUGGGUAGACCUAUAGUGACAUGUCACGAAAGUUACAAGAGCAGUCUGGGUAAUGAUGACAUCUAUCGUCUAUAUCUACGCUGGAAUGUCAAAGACGUGAACGGGAAUUCCACGUCAUCACCAAUGGCUUUUAUCGUUGGAAUGAAAGCGAUGACAGAAAAUGGAACAGAAUAUCCCUGGGGUGUUCUGGGCAAGACCAAUUUCAGCUUUGUACCCAUAAUGGAACUGAAUCCCAAACUGAAAUACCGCUUUAACAUUACUGCUGUAACCGACACAGGCAUAGUGGAUGUUUCCAAGGCGACGGAAUGGAUAAAGAUACCGAUAGCAUCUUACAACAUAUCAGCCCCUCGUGAUACUGAAAUCACGAAGCAGAUUGUCCAAGGAUCAUAUGUCACCGCAGAGGUCCGAUGGAAACCUGGACACAAUGGCGGUUGCAUUUAUAAACUCGACUGGAAUGUGGUGGGGGUAAUUCACGAUAUGUUUCAUUCCGUAAACAUUGUGAACUGGCCAGAACUGAAGUAUGAGCUGACCAACUUGAAGUUUGACACCAACUAUUUCGUGGAAGUGAAGACGUUUGGACCGGAAUUCAGUCGCAGUAGCAAUCCAACGCGACUGGUGUUUCAAACCCUGAACUGUCUCAACACCACCAACCACAACUACUCCAUCUGCAGUCCUGACCCCAUAUACAAUAUAGUGAGCUCUGUUGGAGACGCAUACACUCUAAACAACAGCGUAGUCGUCAACUUGACCAUGGAAUGGAGUCUUCCAGUGUUCGCCAACGACCACAACCGAGUGUGUAACAUCUCCAUCUGGUGGGACAAGGUGCCGUCCCUUCCUCUGAGUGAGAGGAUUCCACCCCAUCACGGAAAUACCGUACUCGGUCCGAAUGCAACGAUGUUCAAGAUUGUUGGUCUGCAUAUGAAUUCUGAAUACUGGAUUCACGUCACGGUUAUGUCGAAGGGAGGAAGUACCAAGACAGUACGAAAACUGGUCCUAGGUGAAGGAUAUGGCUAUUUUAUAGCUGCGGAUGAAGAUACGUUCAACACGAGUGGACAGACAGUUCCUAAGCAAGACAACCAAAUGUUGUAUUUGUUCUCCAUCAUCCCAGUCCUCCUCACCAUCAUGGUGAUAAUUGGCAUUAUUAAAUGGCGCCGCUGUGAGCAGAAAAUCAUCAGAGAAAAUCUUCUCUAUAUUCGCAGAUCUCGAAAGGAGCUGAACCCGCUGUAUGACAGUGUCGAUGCUGGAGCCAGCUGCAAAGAUAAGGUGCCCUUUCUGCCUGCAGAUGAGUUUGAGAUCGAUUUCUCACGAAUUACGUUCCUGUCAGCCCUGGGCGAGGGAGCGUUUGGCCGAGUCCUCAAGGCACGACUGGACAAGCGAUGGAUGUCGGAUGAUGUGGAUAAAAUUGUCGCUGUCAAGAUGCCUAAAGACCACGCUACUCCGGAAGAACGGCGGAGUCUCUUAAUGGAGAUUGAAAUGAUGAAACAAAUGGGACAUCACCAGAACAUUGUCAACAUGAUCGGAUGUUGCUCCACUGGUGCCACUUUGUGUGUUAUUAUGGAUUACUGUCCCCUGGGAGAUUUACGAACGCAUCUCAGGCAUUACAGAGAAAAGUAUCUGUAUCAAAAUGGCCAGUCAUUCAGCAGCAGUACCUUUUUGCUUAACACGCAACAGCAAAAACUUCCAGUUGGCAAUGACUGCUCCACAGAAGUGCCUGGACUGCCUGAAGAACAUCCUGAACCUAUUAGUCAAGCAACACUUUUGUCAUAUGCCUUGCAGAUAACAGCAGGAAUGGAAUUCCUUUGCCAGAAGAAGUUUGUUCAUCGAGACUUGGCUGCCAGAAACAUCCUCAUAUUUAAUAACCGACUUCUCAAGAUAUCCGACUUCGGGCUGUCCCGUGAUAUAUACGAAACAAACAUGUACCAGCCGACGUCGGCCCGGAUGUUACCAUACAAGUGGAUGCCGAUGGAGUCCAUAUUUGAUAAUAUAUUCACAACAAAAAGUGAUGUCUGGUCAUUCGGGGUGGUUCUGUGGGAGAUCGUGACAUUUGGGGGAUGUCCCUACCCAGGCAUCCCCAACAAGGAUCUGUUUGGUCUGCUCAAGAAUGGAUACCGCAUGGAGCAACCCAGCAGAUGCAGUCACGAGAUAUAUGAGAUCAUGUUGUCCUGUUGGCAUCCAAAACCUUACGACAGACCUUCGUUCACAGAUCUGAACAACACCCUGGACAGACUUCUAGAGACCACACAGCUGUACAUAGACCUCACAGUCAGUGUGGAUGACAAGUCCUUCACCACUACAAGUGAUGAAAAUGGUAUGCUAAACCUAGACACAACACCAACGAGCACUGCAACCUUUGAAGAUCAACAGACAGUAGGAUGCAGCGAGAAUUCUGAUCAGCCGAGUGGCACAACACCGACAGCAUUGUUGACGCCUGUCAGUAUCACAGAGUCGUUCACAGACAGCAACAGCGAGUCGGACACAGACGACUACAUGGUGCCUUUCCAACAAGCCAACAGAAUCUGUGUGCUGGCAGCGCCAUCUUUAAAACAUGGAAUGAUAAGCAUUCUCAAAGAGAUGGGAAACAGCCGAUCAUACUCACGAAGUUUGUCCGACAUUGCCGACUUUCACCACAGCACUAGCAGACCAUGUGGUGGUGGUGGUCGACCAUUGUGUUUACCUCCUCAAGAGGAUCUAUGAUUUAGUACUAGGAACAACUGUGCUGGGUAAGAGUGAGAUUAGGGCAGUAGUAGAGCAUAUUUUUGCGGAGUUUGACGGAGACUAACUUCUUUCAAUAUGGCACUAACUGGCCAUAUGAAAGUAGUGGUCAACCAAUGUGUUUACUUCUUCAAGAGGAUCUGUGAUUUAGUACUACUACGAAAACUGGUGGAUAAGAGUGAGUUUAAGGCAAUAAUUGAGCAUAUGUUCGGUGUUUGUAGGAGAUUGGCACUAUAGCACUAGUAGGACACGUGGUGUUAGUGGGCGACCAGUGUGUUUACCUCUUGUAAAAGAACCAUAAAGUAAUAAGACUAAGAAAUAACUAUUGGAAGAGCACAAGUCCAAACUCCUAGGCCCUGUUUUAUGAAGCGAUCUCUUGGCGCAUAAGGUAGCUACGUAUGUUUCGUGCUGAGGAUGUUGUUAAAACAUUCAUUCAUUCGUAAAAUGGAAUGAAUGAAUGAAUGUUUAACGACACCCCAGCACGAA